AUGCAAUCUGCCAAGCUCACUGAAAAUCUUUGGAUGACUGUUAAGACCAGCGCGGCCCACCUUUCCCGCGCGAAGGUGCUCGUAAUUGUCGCGGUGCUUGCAUAUCUAGCUACGAACGUGAUAACCGUAGAUUUGAUGUCGAAAUGGUCCUCACGCCGCUCCGAUGCUUUAAAAUCGCUGAAUGCACUUCACAACAACGUCCCGGUCAAGCGGCAUUUGAAUGCGAAUGCAGCCAUGACAGCAACGGAUCGUGCUGGUCCUUCUGAAGAGAGAUACAGCAUUGUGGGACUCGAUAGAUUCGGUACUAGACUCAAGUCAUUUUUGUCUGCGAUCGAGUCUGUAAUCCUGAAAACUCAAGUGUAG